GCCUUGGGAUGGGGCUGGAGGGAUGGGGACACCCCAGCCCUGGGCAGCCCCUCGGGGCUUGGCUGGAGCCCCACGGUGCUGCAUCACAUCACCACACGCUGAGUCACGGCGUGUCUGGGUGCUGGCAAAACACCACCCAGGGGUGGGCACCCCCCGGCCCGUGCCAGUGGCAUGUGGCCCUUGUGGAGCCCUGUGUGUUGUCCCAUGGGGGGCUGCCCAUGUGCGGCCACAGGGAUGAGUAUCCAGAGCCUGGUGUGGUGCAAGACCCUCUCUCUUCAUCCCCUCCAGAUAAUGCCAUGGAUGGGGGGGCUCAGCAGAGCAGCCUCCGGGAGCCCCCCGGCCCGGGAAGCACAGAGCAGGACGAACGGGAUGGGGGCGAGGGGCCACCCGAGCUCAAGCGCUCCCAGCCCCUCUUCAUCCAUGGCAGCAGCCGGCAGCCUCUGGAAGAGGAGCCGCGCGCCUCGUCGCUCCCCAGCAUUCCCAACCCCUUCCCCGAGCUCUGCAGCCCCUCCAACUCGCCCAUCCUCAGCAGCCCGGCCCUGGGGCAGGGACCCCCUCGUGAAGGAGCCUCGCACGUGGUGAAGGUGUUCGGUGAGGACGGCGCGUGCCGCUCGCUGGAGGCGGCGGCGGGGACCACGGCGCGGCAGCUCUGCGAGACGCUGGUGCGGAGGACGCGGGCGCUGCAGGACCACAGCUGGGCUCUGGUCGAGCUGCACCAGCACUUGGGCCUGGAGCGGUGCCUGGAGGACCACGAGUUGGUGGUGGAGGUGCAGAGCUCUUGGCCCCCCGGCGCUGACACCCGCUUCGUCUUCCGCAAGAACUUCGCCAAGUACGAGCUCUUCAAGAGCAAUGCGCAGUCCCUAUUCCCUGAGGUGAUGGUGUCCAGCUGCCUGGAGGCGAAUAAGAGCAUGGCACACUCCGAGCUCAUCCAGAACUUCCUCAACUCCGGGAGCUGCCCCGAGGUCCAGGGCUUCCUGCAGCUGCGGGAGCCGGGGCGCAAGGUCUGGAAGCGUUUCUACUUCUCGCUGCGCCGCUCGGGGCUCUACUACUCCACCAAAGGCACCUCCAAGGACCCCCGGCACCUCCAGUACUUCGCUGACCUCUCCGAGUCCAACAUCUACUACGUGACGCAGGGCAAGAAGCACUAUGGGACACCCACCGAGUUCGGCUUCUGCAUCAAGCCCUACAAGGUGCGGAGUGGUGUGAAGGGCCUGAAGCUGCUCUGCAGCGAGGAUGAGCAGAGCCGGAGCUGCUGGAUGGCGGCUUUCCGCCUCUUCAAGUACGGCAUGCAGCUCUACCGCAACUACCAGCAAGCGCAGGCGCGGCUGAGCCAGCCCCCCUGGAUCGGCCCCACGCCCCUGCGAAGCGUCUCAGACAAUGCACUAGUGGCCAUGGACUUCUCGGGGUGCACGGGCCGGGUGAUCGAGAACCCCAGCGAGGUGCUGACAGUGGCCCUGGAGGAGGCGCAGGCCUGGAGGAAGAAGACGACGCACCGGUACAGCCUGCCGGCAGCGUGCCAGAGCUCCCCCCUCAGUGCUGCCAUCCACCGCACCCAGCCCUGGUUCCAUGGGCGCAUCUCCCGGGAGGACACGCAGCAGCUCAUCGGCCGGCAGGGCUUGGUGGAUGGCGUGUUCCUGGUGCGGGAGAGCCAGCGCAACCCCAAGGGCUUCGUCCUGUCCCUGUGUCACCUGCAGAGGGUCAAACACUAUCUCAUCCUGCCGAGCGAGGAGGAGGGACGGCUUUACUUCACCAUGGACGACGGGCAGACGCGCUUCGCCGACCUCAUCCAGCUCGUGGAGUUCCACCAGAUCAACCGCGGCAUCCUGCCCUGCAAGCUGCGGCACUACUGCACCUGCGUGGCCCUGUGAGCCCGGCACCGGCAUGGCACAGCCGUGGCACAGCCCAGCGUGGGGCAGCAGGAUGGGGCCAGCUCGGUGCAGCACAUGCAGGGAAUACAACGGCGCCUCCACCACCAGCACCCCCCUCCCGGUGCUGGCUCUGCCCGCGGGGUCCUGGGGUGCCAACGCCGCCGGGUCCCCCCAACUCAAGCACUUUGUCCACCCCCCAUCCCCACAGCACCAGCCCCGAGUGUCCCCGGGGGGGUCCUGGCACUCCCAAACCCCAGGCGGGUUUGGGGGUCCCUGGAUGGGGGUCCCGGGGGAAGGGGGGUGAGGGGGCACCCGCCAGCCGGUGUCCCCCCUGUCCCCACAAGGCCAGUUGAACUGUGACUUGUUUUAUACCAGUGAGAAUAAAGGUUAUUUUUGCAGA